UGUCUUCAGGUAAUGAUGAAUUAAAUCCAACCCUAGCUAGAAGAACAUGUCCCGUCAAGCUUGAACCAUAAAACCAUAGAAGGAGGUGACGAACCAAGAUUUUACCAUGAGAUCGACUCAAGCUAGCUAAUUAAGUAGCUAGCUGUCCAAAUUCAGAAUGGGAGAUCCAAGUGGGGAGUAUGAGAUUGAAGAAGAUACUUACUGCUGUGAGUACUCUCCCCAAGUAGAUAAUAAUACUGGCAAGGUGAGUUGGAUAUUGAACAAGGGAUGGGGGAUUGGGAAGAAACUUUUGGUGACUGGUGCCGUCAUUUCUUCUGCACCGUUUGUUCUCCCACCACUUGUGGUUACAUCGGCGAUAGUGUUUGCCUGUUGGGUUCCUUCCGGGGUCGUGUUGGCAAGUUAUGCUUGUUCUGAGAAGAUUAUGAGUAAGUUGCUCCCUUAUAAUAGUAGAAGUAGUACCACAGGAAGAGUAUUAAUGUCAAAUAAUGAGGAUGAAGAAGAGUUUGAGGAUGCUGAAGAAGGUGUAAAGGUGGAUGUGGGUGAGUAUUUGGAUGUGGAGGAGAAGCCGAUGUUGGAUGGGAUUAAUAGGGUGAUAAUGGAAGGGUCAAGAUAUGAGUACAAUGAGGAUGUCCUGCUAGAUGAGAAUGCAAUCAGUGAUGGGGUGGAUGUCUUGGUGUUCAAUGUAAAUGAGGGAGAGGAGGAGUUUGGAGUGACGCCAAUUGAAGUGAUCAUGACAAGUGUAGUACCGGAAGGAAGCGAAGGUCAAGAAAAAGUAAGUGACUUUGUGGGAGAGGGGGAAAUGGUGAAAGAGAUGAGGGGAUUGCUAGAGAAAAUUAGGGAUGAAGGCAAUGCUGAUGAUGGAAUGGAAAUGGACAAUCAGGAUGUAGAUGGAACUGCAGGAUCAAGGAGGGAUUCCAUGUAUAUAUUGCUAGAUAACAAUAUAGUCAGUGAUGAGGUGGACGUAUUUGUGUCGAAUGUAAUUGAGGGGGAGGAGGAGAUAUUAAUUGAAGAAAUUGAGGAAAAAGAAAUAGUAAAUGACUUCAUGGAGGAUGAAGAAGUGAUGAAAGAAACAAGAGGAUUGCUAGAAAACAUCAGGGAUGCAGCUGGCAGUGCUGAUAAUGCAGUGGCAAUGGCAGCGCUGUAUGCAGGAGAAAUUGAAAGAGGUGAGGAGGAGACAGAUGAGAUAACUAGAAGUAAUUUUGAAGAGACAGAGAGGGCAGUUGACAACAGAGUCACUGAUGCUGAUGUUGGCUUGGAGAAACCUACUCAUACCAUGGAAGCUGGGUUGCCAAAAGAAAGUGAAAAAAUUGAAGAAAAGAAGCAUGUGACAGGUGAUGUGGGUGGAGAAGGUGCAGACUUUGCAGAGCUUCCAAUUUCAAGCAGGGUCGAUGUUACUACUGAUGCUAAGAUAUCUUCUCGGAAGAGCGACAUCCAUUCCAAUGGGGUACUUAACAAAGAGGACAAGAUAUGGAAACAGAUUGAUGCUAUACGAAAUAUCGUCGGAUAUAAAGUCACACCCCAUGCAAGUUAUAUGGAGGAACUACAGGCUCUUUACAUCUUCACCGGAGUAGAGCCACCUACAUCGUUCAUCGACCCUCCUGAUCUUGCACAAGUCGACAACAAACUCCGUUUUCUCAUGUCCAUAAUUGGACUGAAGUAGCCUGUAGUAGUGCUAGUUCGUAGACCAUCCGCUGUCCGAUUUCGAGUUUACAUAUCAUAGGGCCAUACCAAGACAUAUGAAUAUCAUCUUGUGUAUUUGGAUUAGUCUAUUCUAAUUAGGUUUCAGAGUGUUAUGUUU